AUGGAAAUCUUUCUGAAAUUACAAGAACUUGAGGUAGAUCGUGAACAAUACGAAGUUAACAAGAAGAAUAAUUUAGAGAUGUCAUUAUCAUUAAAAAUCAAUAUAGUUGGUAGUAAUACCGUCAAGACUAUGAGAUUCUCACCAGAGAUGUCAGUUCACGAGGCAUGCCUACAAAUCAAAGACAAGGUUGGCGAGGGAGGAGAAGAUCAUGGUCUGUUUCAAGCAGGUGUCGAAGGUAAAAUAGUCAGUCGUUGGUUGGCAAUGGACAAGUCAUUGUCAUUCUACGAUCUCUCACUCGAGUCUGUAUUGGACUACAAGAAGAAACACAGACCUCAAAAGAUCAAACUGUUGGAUGAAACCAUCAAGACACAGUUGAUCGACGACUCUACUACGGUCACUGAAAUCGUAGCUUCGAUUGCCAAAAAGAUGGGUAUCAAGAACCCAGAAGAAUACUCGUUGCUCAAAGAAGCACCCGUCCUAGAUGAAAAGGAACUAAAGAAACAACAAAAGGAAGGCAAAGAGGCCGAUGUACCAGUCGAAUGGUUAAAGUCCACUCAAACACUAUCGGAACAAGGUGUUGUUGAAACCGACAUUUUAGUAUUUAAAAAGAAAUUCUUUUUCAAUGAUGCCAAUAUCGAUCGUAAUGAUCCCGUUCAAUUACAUCUUUUAUUUGUUCAAUGUCGUGAUGCUAUCAUUGAAGGUAAAUACCCAACUCAACGUGAAGAAUCAGUUCAAUUGGCUGCCAUUCAAUGUCAAGUUGCACUUGGUGAUCAUGCUCCUCAAAAACAUAUUCCUGGUUUCUUAAAUUUAAAGGAAUAUUUACCAUUACAAUGGGUAAAGAAUAAAUCAGCUGAAAAGGAUAUUUACAAAGAACAUAGAAAGUUGGUAUCGAUGACUGAAGUCAAUGCUAAAUACAGAUACGUUCAAUUAUGUAGAUCUUUGAAAACAUAUGGUAUGACUAGUUUCCAGUGUAAAUUUAGAAUUGGAAAGAAAAUGUUAGAUAUGACAUUAGGUAUUACAAGAGAGAAUAUGAUUUUAAUUCAAGAUGAUACUAAAGAGGUGAUAAAGAAUCACCCGUUGAAACAUAUUAGAAGAUGGGCAUCGACAGAGAAAUCAUUUACUUUUGAUUUUGGUGACCAUGAACAAGAACGUUCGCAAGUGAUCAUGGCCGAGUUGUCGACCGUCGGUAGUUGCGCAAAGAACGCUGCGUUUGUGCCAGAGUUGGCUAGCUUCUCAGACGAGAUUAUUGCCAUUGCCACAAGACUGUCCGAGUCGAUGAGCAAGCUGUUGACGACUGCUUCAACGAUGGGCGACAGUGUGUUGGCCGACGACGCGAUUGCCCGUGCUCAAGUUCACGCCACCAACGCACUCGCCGUCAUGAUGAUGGCCGCCGUCGACAAUAUAGGGCCGACCAGUCAACACGGCCAGCGGAAGCGGUGCCGACGAGAUUCUCAACUUGUCGAGCGAUGCUUUGACCGAGGAGUUUACGGGUCUCUCCAACGACCUCACCAACUCGAUUAUGGUGUUGAGAAACAAUCUUGGCAACACGCCAGAGUCGAUUCUCGAGUCGUUUAG